GCGGCUAGCGGACGCAUGCCAGACCCGCGCCUCAUUAUACAAAUAACCUACAUAUUCGUCUACUACAAUUUUUUUCUAUGCAAAAUUCUAGAUUAUUCCAUAAAAAAGUUGCUGAGAAGUUUAGUUGAUGCUUUCGAGUUGGAGGAUGAGUGACUUGUGAUAUUUGUGCUGUUAUUUAUUCAAUCUGUGAUAUUAGUGUUAAUUAUUUAUUAAUAAUUUAUUCAAUAUGAAGCAGCAAACUGGAGUUAUUACUAUUCAUCAAAUGCGCCUGCAUCGUUGUGAGGGCUGCCUCGCGGCUUGCCCGCCGCGCCGGGCGCCGCUUGCGGACUACCCCCGCUCUAUCUUCAAAACCACAUUGUGCAAGCGACGCCGCUCACCGUACCCAAUGAGCAACAGCAAAUCAAACUGCACCAAAAUGGUGGACCCCACGCCGCCGACGCCGCCUGACAACAAUGCGCCACCAAUGCCCUGGUUCGGUAUGGACAUUGGCGGCACCCUGACCAAACUCGUCUACUUCGAGCCGAGGGAGACCAACCGCCGGGAGCUGGAUAAAGAAACGGAGGUCCUCAAGAACAUCAGGCGGUACCUCACCAGGAACUCAGCGUAUGGGAACACUGGGAGGAGAGAUGUACAUUUACAGAUGGACAACGUGACGAUCCGCGGCCGCCGCGGCACGCUCCACUUCAUCCGUUUCCCCACCACAGAAGUGGGGGCGUUCCUACAACUAGCCAGGUCUAAAGGCAUGGCCGCACUGGUCAACACUAUAUACGCGACCGGCGGCGGUGCUUACAAGUUUGAAGAGAACUUUAUUAAGGAAGUGAACAUGCACCUCCAAAAACUGGACGAGCUGGACGCCCUAAUCGCGGGUCUCUUGUUCGUGGACGCGUGGCAUUCCGCCGAGUGCUACUACUGGGCCCCACCGGACGCGGAGCUACUUCACCACAAUACCAGCAACACGCCCCCAUACUUGGAAGCGGCCUUAAGUCUGUACGAGCGUCAGCCGUUCGACUUCUCCAACCCGUACCCGUUCCUGCUAGUGAACAUUGGAAGCGGCGUGUCCAUUCUCGUGGUGAACGGCCCUAACGACUUCUACCGAGUCAGCGGCACCAGUCUUGGCGGCGGCACAUUCCUCGGCCUCUGCUGUCUGCUAACCGGCUGCAGUAGCUACGAGGAGGCCAUAACGCUAGCGGCCUCUGGAGACAACACUACAGUCGACAAGCUCAUCAGAGACAUAUACGGCGGGGACUACGCGCGGUUCGGCCUCUCAGGGGACCUAGUGGCUAGCAGCUUCGGCCAGAUGUGCACAGCGGACCGGAGAGCGAAGGUGUCUCGGGAGGACCUCGCGCGGGCUACCCUGGUCACUAUCACCAACAACAUCGGCUCCAUAGCGCGGCUGUGUGCCAGCAAUCAGAAUAUUGAGCGGGUGGUGUUCUGCGGUAACUUCCUACGAGUGAACCCUCUCUCAAUGAAGCUGCUGUCAUAUGCCAUGUCAUACUGGUCACGCGGCGCGCUAAAAGCGCUCUUCCUAGAGCAUGAAGGAUACUUCGGCGCCGUAGGUUGCCUCCUUCAGCUGGACGACCACUACCACCGCAAGCAGCGCGCCCCGCGCAGCCCCCCUGCGCCGACAGGUGAUCGCGCCCACACCAGUCGGGGGGACGCCCCCACACUGCAUGAGAUGUACAGGCUUGGACUUACUAUGUUAUAAACCUAAUCUAUGCAUCAGAUACUAAAAUAACAGUCAUAGGUGAUCGCCGAAUAUACUCUAGCCGGGGGGCAACGCCCCCACACUACAUGAGAUAUACAGGCCUGGACUUACUAUGUUAUAAACCUAAUGUAUGUAUCAGAUACUAAAAUAACAGUCAGAGGUGAUCGCCGAAUAUACUGUAACCGGGGGGCGACGCCCCCUACACGCUACGUGAGAUGUACAGGCUUGGACUUACCAACAAUGUAAAAAUUCUAAAUAAGGUUAUACAACAGACUAACAUUUAGAAGUGAUCUACUGAAAUCAACAGGUCAUUGCCGAUUAUACAGUAAUCAGAGCAGCGUUGCCCCUACACACUACGUGGGAUGUACAGGCUUGGACUUACUAUGUUUUAAACCUUAUUUUACUAAACUAACUGUUAUAAAUGUUCCACCAAAGGUGUCAGGUGAUCGCCAAAUAUACACUUUCUGGGGGAGUCCCCCUACACACUACAUGAGAUGUACAGGCUCGGACUUACUAUGUUAAAAACCUUUUUUUUUAUGCAUCAAAUGCUAUUGAAGUGAUCACACUACAUAAUCUUCUACAUGCUUGGAUUCAAUGCUAAAAACCCAACUUUAUUUGAUAUGGUCUGGAGUACGAGUGUCUUUUCAAAAGGACUUAUUACUAUAAGUCAACAGGGGUUAUUUUUAUCUAUGUCUUCCUAGAGAAAUAAACCUUGUUGACUUAUAGAAAUAAGUCAUUUUGAAAAGACACUCCUCAACUGUUAUCAGAGAUCGGACAACUGGUCAUCAUUCUAUCAACAUAUAUUCAUUAUUUCGAAGACGACAUACAAAUAACUCCCAACUGUCCGAUCUCUGGUUAUGAAUGAUCCAUCAAUGCCGACAGGCGAGCGCCGAACAUACACUAACUAGGGGGCAAUGCCCUCAACACGCUUUGGCUUGAAUUUUAAUGUCACUACUAAAUAAAACAUACUGAUACAUUUUUUAUAUCGAUCUUGACAACUUGAAUAGAUUCAUUGAAAUUAUCAGUUCCUUGCAAUAGCAGAAGUAUUUAAAACUGAUGCUAAAAAUGUUUUACUUUAUACGUGUUGACAUGCCAUCAAAAUGGUGCAACUAAAAUAUAAUGCCGGCUCCACACGAUUAGUGUUUGUUACAAACACACAACACCUUUCCAAACAUCACCACAAACACUUGGCAAACGUGCCAGUUGGUCGAACACCCCAUUGAUAAAAAAAAAUUAUCGUAAGACCGUGCGACUUCCAAUCCGAAGGUUGCGGGUUCGAACCCCGGCUCAUACCAAUUUGUGAAUGAUUUUUUUCAUAGGACUCAUGUGCGAAAUGUCAUUUGAUAUUUGUCCAUCGCUUUUCGGUGAAGGAUAUCGUGUACGAACCAGACUAAAUCCCAAUAAGACCUAGUUACCCUUCUUUUCGGUUGGAAGGUCAGAUGGCAGUCGCUUUAGUAAAACUAAAACCUUCACCAAAUCUUGAGAUUACUUGUCAAAACGAACCUCAGUCUGCCAUAAGCCGUGGCGUGUGCCGAGAUAACGCAUGGAAGAUGUUUGUGUUUGUGCCAGGCGCGUGGACUCUGCAUGUCAAUUCUACGUUUAUAUUUCGAGACGCUGGUCGAAUUCAUUUCGACUUAAAAUGUAUGUGUUUUGACUAAUGCUAUUGCCAUAUAAUUAUGUUGGUUAUUUCGAUAGAAUAUAAAUAUUAUACUUUGACAAAAUCAAUGGCAUGAAUCUCUGGAAAAUACUAUUGAAAAAAUUCGGAUAUUCUUAGAAAAUUGUUAUUUGGAUAUUUUAAUAAGUAUUAUUUGACAUGUUAUGAUUUAAGAAAUAUAUACUUGUUUCAUAAAGAUGCGAUUGUUAGGUACAGUCACGUGAUGAUUACUGUAUCUUGUCACAUUAGGGCCCAUUUAGACGGUACGAGAACUCGCAUACGAGUUUUAUUACAUUGCGGUAUUUGAUGGCUGCAAAAUUGUAUGUAACCUCAACAGGCCGCAAUGUAACUAAAUCGCAUGCGAGUUCGCACGCCGUCUAAAUCAGGCCUUAACAUUUUGUUUGAAAUGUCAUACGAGUUUGUAAAACGAUUAAAAUCGACAAAGUACCGAAUUCAUCACUUAUUUAUGCUGGUGACUGUAUGUAAAAAAAAAACGUAAACAAAUAAUUUGUACAUUUUCGGGUAGUUGGGCAUUUUCAGAAUUUGGGUCACCGCAAUUAGCGUAAGUUGUUAACAAAAAUUAACUCGCUGUCAGUUUUGUGACGACAAUUAAGCAUGAAAUUUUAAGUGACGUAAAGGAAAAAUAAUUAGGUCACAUUAUUUUUAUCGUCAGGAUCGAAUCGAUUCUCAAAGAAUGAGCCCUAAGCGCGUCCAGAUCUAGUGAAAUUCGAUAUUCGAGAUUUAUUUUGUAAAACACCCACCAACGUGUCAUGCUAUUUCAGUCAGUCUCAGUACAAGAUGUACUGAGACUGACUGAACUAGCAUGACAAAUACGAACGUUUCCGGA